GCUCCGUACCGGCGGCCCCGCCGCGGGCUGCUCCGGAGCGUCCCCGCGUGCCGCCGGUGCCCCCGGUGGGGCUGGGCUGGGGCCAGCUCCGCGGGAGGUACCGUGGCUCCGCGAUCCCGCCGGGCUGGGGCAGCGUGGCCGGCACCUGCCCGGCCGAUGUCCGGGGCUCCGGGCCUCCUCCGAGAGCCACCGGCUCCUGCCCCAGCCCUCCCGGGCUCCGUCGGGGGUCCCGGUUCUCGGGACCGUUCCCUUUUCCGGGAACGGUCCCGCGGGGGGUGGGAGCCCGGUCUGUCGCUGGCCGGGACGCUGCGGGAGGGUCCCUCGGCUCGGGCGGCACCGGGACGGUUCCGCCGCCGCCCUGGCCGCCUGCCCGCCGCCGAGCCCGGCGCUCCGCGGGACGGAGCGGGGCCGGUGGGUUCGGAGCACCCCUUCUGGGACCCCUUCUGCCCCCACAGUGCGGGUAAAUGUUUCUAAAACUGCCGCAAGGAAGUAACGAAUUAAGACGGACUAAAAAUAAAGGCCCGGAUCGGGAUCGCGGCUGGAGCUUCCCCGGCUGCGGGGCGGGGGGAGAGGCCGGGUCCCGGUGCCGCUCGGAGCGCGUUUCCCUCCCGCGGGCCGGUUGCUUUAUAUUUUUAGCGUCUCUGCCCUUCAUCAUCCUCACUCUGGUGAACUCCCCCUACAAGCGAGGCUUCUACUGCAACGAUGACUCCAUCCGCUACCCCUACAAGGCAGACACCAUCACGCACGGCCUCAUGGCCGGGGUCACCAUCAGCUGCACUGUUAUCAUUAUCUCAUCAGGGGAGGCGUACCUGGUUUACACUGAGCGUCUCUACUCCAAGUCAGAAUACAACAAUUACCUGGCUGCCCUCUACAAGGUGGUUGGGACCUUUCUCUUCGGGGGAGCCAUCAGCCAGUCCCUGACUGACCUGGCCAAAUACAUGAUCGGCCGUCUCCGGCCAAACUUCCUGGCUGUGUGCAACCCUGACUGGUCCAAGGUGAACUGCUCCAUCUAUGUGCAGCUGGAGAAUGUCUGCCAGGGAGAGAGCAGGAACGUCACCGAGUCCAGACUAUCCUUCUACUCGGGACACUCUUCCUUUGGGAUGUACUGCAUGAUGUUCCUGGCGCUCUACGUGCAGGCCCGCCUGGUGGGGAAGUGGGCCCGGCUGCUGCGUCCCACCAUCCAGUUCCUCCUCAUCGCCUUCGCCAUCUACGUGGGCUACACCAGGGUGUCCGACUACAAGCACCACUGGAGCGACGUGCUGGUGGGGCUGCUGCAGGGGGCUCUCAUCGCCGUCCUCAUUGUCCACUACGUCUCUGACUUCUUCAAGCAGCGUCCCCCGCGGCAGUGCGAGGAGAAGGACCCGGAGCGCAAGCCCAGCCUGCCCCUCACCCUCAGCGACCCCGACCACAAUCACUACAGCUACCGGGGUGCCCCGUGAGCCCGGCCUGCAGCCCUGCCCCUCGCCGUGCUCCCGGCUCCGGGGACAGCUGGCUCUGUACUGACCAUUGGCCCUGGUGCCUCUGGCUGACACGAGUGGGGCAGCCCCGCCUGUUCCUGCUCCCGCAGUGCCACGGCGCCUGGCUCCCCGUGCCCGUGGUGCUGCCGGUGCCUGGUGAUGCCAGUGCCCUGCCCGUGGGGAGGGGAUGUCCUCCCCCCCUGUGUCCUCCCCCCCUGUUUGUCUGAGUCACUCCCCAAGGCUGCCGUCCCAGCCCUUCGUGCGGAGGAAGGGAGGGAGGGAGGGAGGGGAGGGUGGCACGUGGGGGUGGAUUUAUUGGGCUGGCAAAGCACACUGAGCGAAGAGCAAACUCCUUGGGAAGUCUGAGGUUGCCUGGGCCGAGUGUGUGUUGUCCCUGUCAAAUUAUCCAGCCAUACAAGUACAAAUCCUCACAGGCGCAGAGGGAGCAGGACAGCUUCUGGGCUAGCUAGAGUGUUUUGGAAAGGAUUAAAACAAUCCAGAGCUCUUCUCUGCUCCACUGAUUACCUUUAAGAGCAGUCCUGCCCGCCAGCAGCUGCUGUGAGCAAAGGGUGCCUGGGCAGGCUCUUCUCUGGCUGUGCCCAAUUCUGCAGUGCUGGGAGCCAGAGCUGUUUGCCCCCUGCCUGCUUCAUGCCUGGCUUGGGCAAGGGGCUGCUGCUCCAGCCUUUGUCCCUCCUGCAGCUUCAGCUGAUGCUUUAGGGUGUGUGGCGGGGCUAGGGAGACAUUUUCUGUGGUAAAGGAAAAUAAAUGGGGAUGUGGAGCUGUCCAAAUGUCCUGGGAAAGUGGGGGCAAUGGGUACAGAGCAGUCCCAUCACUGACACGUGGCUGCCUCCAGCACUGGAGUGCUGUGGGUCUCUUUUUAAAAUACAUGCAUUUUCAUUACGAUGUUGUUUUUAAAUUAGAUCAUCCUUAAAGAA